CUCAGCUGUCAUGCCAAAAAAUAUCGAACGAUCGAGCGAAGCCAGCCUUCUGUUUUUGUAUUUUCUUUCCAAUUCCAAGCUUUCGACGCUUUAUCGAAAUAAUAUUCGUAAAUAACAGAAAAAAAUAAGAAUAAUGUCUUCAUACAAGCCAAUUGACUCUAAAAGGGAAGAGUUUCGGCGCUAUUUAGAGAGAGCCGGAGUAAUGGAUGCAUUGACUAAAGUGCUCGUUAGCUUGUACGAAGAACCAGAUAAACCAGAAGACGCCUUGGAGUACGUUCGCAAGCAUUUAGGUACUGAUGGCGGUGAUGAUGAACUUGAAGCCGCGAGAGCCCGUAUUGCAGAAUUAGAGGCUGAAAAUGCUUUGCUGAAAGGAGAAGCGGCCCCAACGGAAGGAUAGAUUAACUUUUCUUGUGAAUAGUUAUAAUGAUACAUGUUCAAUUAAUAUAAUAAUGAUCUCAUUAAUGUAUGAUCUCAGAUAGAACUAUCCUUGUUAAUGCUGGAAAAUGAUCUAACAUUUUGUUAUAGAUACUGUGAGAGUAUUAUUUUUGUUAUGAUUUAAGUAUAUUUUAUGUUAGAAAAGCAAGAAAGAUUAAAUUUUCGUUUCA